AUGCCUACGAAGUUUUAUCACGGGAGAAAAUUAAAUGUCAAGUGUCCUAACGCACUAGCAUAUGGUUUGCAUAAGAAAUCUGAUAAACAUCGACUGAAUCCGAAAACGUUGAUGCGCGAACUGUAUAAGCAGCUAUCUAGCAAUGAUCUCCAGCUUGACAUGGGAAUCGUAUCGCUGCACAUCCAUGGGAUCCGUGAUGCUCUUUUUGAAGUAACCCUAUGGCCACACGGAUAUACCUUUGUAGGAAAAGGUGUUCCGGUCGAAUCUGUAGGGUGCUCGAAGCACGAAGAGAAUGUGCAAGGCAUAUGUGUGCGAGUCCUGCUCGGCGGCUUCGAUCUACGGACGUUUUCAUAUGACGGUAUUGCAGAUAUGAUCCAUAUGAUCUUCAUGAGCUGUACGGGGCUAACACUAGCAAGACGACGGCUUGAAAUUGAGUCUGCCCAACUGAUUGAGAAAGCCGAAAGAUCUUUACAAGCGACUCACGAGCUCGGUGUGCUGCACAAUGGUCCGAUAGCUGGGAACAUGACUUGGAACGAAGAAGGUUAUGUUCAUUGA